CAUCCAUCCUGGAGCGCUGGCCGGAGCCGAGCAGCUGAUGCUCCUCAAUCUUUUCGGGAACCACAUCUCCAGCCUUCCGCCCCGAGGCUUCCAGGAGCUUCUGAACCUGCGCUUCCUCAUGCUGGGCCAGAACCAGAUCGGCACUUUGAGACCGGAGAUGUUCAGCGGCAUGAGGAACCUGUCGGACCUGGACCUCCCUCUCAACGCGCUCACCCUGCUCCCCUCCGACGCCUUCAAGCCGCUGAUCGCCCUCAAAGUGCUGGACCUGUCGCUGAAUCGCAUCCAGAAGAUCUCCCCGAAGGCCUUCGCCGGCCUCAGACAGCUCCUCUUCCUCAACCUGGACAACAACAGCCUGAAGACUCUUCCCGCCGGCGUCUUCAGGCCGCUGCGCUCUUUGGAGAUGUUGGUUCUGGACAACAACUUCCUGUCCACGCUGACGGCGUCGGCUCUGGAGGGUCUGAUCAACCUGCAGGAGCUCUACGUGAGGAACAACCAGCUGGAGCUGCUUCCUGCUGACGUCUUCUCCAACAUGCCCAGACUGUCUCAGCUGGCGCUCAGCGGGAACCGCCUCAAGACCCUGGACGGGACCGUGUUGGUGAAGAUGCCCGGGCUGAAGAAGCUCGACCUCCACGACAACCCCUGGCACUGCGACUGCCAGCUGGCCUCCCUGGUGCAGUGGAUGGGGCGGACCGCAGCCACGCUGUCUCCGCGGGACGCCGUCAAGUGCGUCAGUCCCCCGCAGCUCCGGCGCAGGAGCCUGGGCGGCCUGCAGGAGGACGCGCUGGUCUGUUAGACCGAGGCCUCCACAUCUGGACCAAGAGCGCAGACUACUGGACUUCUCUGUUCACUACAUUUGGUUCAUCUCUUCUAAACCUCGUCGGGUAACAGACUCCAAGGUUUUGUCCCCCAGCAGCAUAGAAGGGAACUCGUCCUUCAUGUGACCAGAGGCAGUUAGCUCCUUUAACCUGCUAACAGCUGCACGUCUCUGACAGGAAACAUGGCUGACAGAAGGCAGAGUGUGGCGUGGGCGUCUUCCUCUGCCGGAGAUAAAACCGGAGCAAACAGGAACAACACCACAGCAACACGAGCAGGAUGUUUCAAACAGCUGGAGACUGAACAUCCUGAGGCUCACCUGGAAGCAGAGAGGGAGGCGGACGUGCAUCAGCUGGAGACUGUAGGCAGCCCGGUCUGAGACAGUCUCCACUGGAAAACAACUCAUAACACACUGUUUUUUACUGAAAGUGGAAUAGAAUUAUUAUAUUCUACAAAUAGAAAAACAAGGCCACUGAAAUAUAUGCUUCAAAGCUGUUAAAUAACCAGUGUGAGCCAUGUGAGUGGACUUUUAAAUCUGAAAUUUCAUUUUAAACUAAUAAAAGAAAGAAAUCACUGAAGGUCCAACACUGUAGACUGUAACAGUACAGGCUAAUAUUUAACGAUCUGCUUGAUGUUAAUCCUGCUAAAGUGUCAAAAGCUUGGUUUUCAGUUGCAUGAAGAGACUCUGGAAGAGGAAAGUUGAGUGAUGCUGCAGCAGGUCUGCUCCUCUCGGUCGGAGCUGCUUUUCACCUCACAGAGGAUCGGCUGGAGUCGGACUCCACCCGUCUGCUGUCCGACGCUCCAACUCCUCCGAAUAGACCGACGAUGGAGCGAGAGAGCAGCUUCAGGACGCCGACAUGGAGGGUGGGAGUGAGGCGGGGGGAGGAGCUUCACCAGCAUGGCUUCUCAUCAGCAGAACACUGUUUCACCAGAACCUCCACCUGUUUUAAACCUGCUUUGAACGGAGACAGAAUGAAAGCAGAGGGACGUCGAGGCUUUACUGGAGUCUGUAGCUCCUGGUUGUUCUCCAUUCACCGUCCUUCCCUUUAAAAACCUGUUUCUCUUAAAGAACAAGGCCUGUUUUUACCAUUCAGCCCCAUAAGCAGCAU